AUGGAAGAUAAAGCGAACUCUAGUAGCACCGCGGUAGAAUCUGCCGAAAAUCCAUCUCCACCGGCAAAGAAGUCGUCAAAAAGCAAGUCGAAAGCGCAACGCGAAAAGGCUUCUCAUCCACCAACUUCUGAGAUGGUCAACGCUGCCAUUAAAGAGUUAAAGGAUCGCAAAGGAUCAUCUCUACAGGCGAUCAAGAAAUACAUUGCCACCACUUACAAAGUCGACGGAGAGAAGUUUGCCCCGUUCAUUAAAAGAUACUUGAAGUCCGCUGUGACGUCUGGUGCUGUUGUCCAAACAAAAGGCAAGGGAGCAUCGGGAUCCUUCAAGCUUUCUACUGGGAAGAGCGAGACAUCCAAAGCCAAGAAAGUCCCACAUCCAGCUAAGAAGUCCGCACCGAAGAAGGCACAAUCUGUUGAGAAGAAAACAGUCUCGAAAAAGACUGCACCCGCUAAGAAGCCAGCGUCACCCAAGAAAGCUGCAGUUGAGAAGAAGCCGGCUCCAGCAAAGAAGAGUGCGUCCAAGGUAGCUGCUGCAAAACCGAAAGCAACUAGUGAAGCCAAGAGCAUGUCGAAGGCUAAAAAGACCGCUAAAGCACCAGCAGCCAAGACCAGAACACCUAAACCUAAGAAGGCAGCGGCACCAAAAACGGUCAAGUCUCCAGCAAAAAAAUAAUUAUUUUUCAACAAUAUUACCCCUCAAAAAUCAAAUGGCCCUUUUCAGGGCCACUAAUAUUUUUUACAAGGAACACAUCUCUGUUUUCUAUCCAUAUGUAAAAUAUUUCAUUGACUCGGUAAUUUAUUAAUUUGAGUCAUAGAAAAUGAAAAGAUAGAAAGAAUUGAAGUAUAGAGAAUGCGUUUCAUCGCUACUAUAAUAAUUUCUUAGAAGCAUAAAGAUUUUUUUAUAUACUUAAUUUUUUACGAUAUUUUUCUAUAUUAAUCUUUCAGAUUAAGAAACACACAAAUGAAUAGUGAAUUUUAAACCAUUAUAUUUCCAACCUUGUACAUAAAAUUGAACGCAGUGCUAGGGAGUCACUAAACGGGAACAUUCUAGCAUAAUCUCUCUAGUCUAUGCUAUCGACCAGUUCCCGCCAAAACAAGAGACGUGUGAGCCAUACCAUGUGCCUACGAAGAUGAUAGUCAAUUUCUUUCAUCAAAAAGAGCGACAAAGCUUUUUAUCCGUGAACAAAGACUUAGCAAUCAAAUAUUUUUAAAGAUACAAAUCGGCAUAAAUUUUGUACAUAAGUAUCUAGAAUAAUUUUGUACAUAAGUAUCUAGAAUAGUUUUGUACAUAAGUACCUAACUUAUUCGCACAUUUUGCAGACAAACACAACUAGCAUAGUAAAUAAAAUAAAUAAAGGAGAAUUACAAUCUAAACAGAUACAUGGGAAAAUAAUUGGAAAGACGAACCAUGUAUAAUUUUAUUGUUUUUUACAUUUUUACAUUUUUUGCAUUUUUAUAAGCUAUAUUUUAUAUUUUCUAAAACAAAUAUUUAUAUUUUAUAUUUUUUAAAACAAAUAUUUAUUAGAUGUAUAUCCUUUUUAUUGGUGCUUCUUAAUUUUAUUAUCUUGAAGUACAGAGUUCUUCAAAUUAUUGAUCUUUUUAUUCUUUUGUUCAUAGUUCUUUAAUUCAUGUUGUCCUGCUUUAAAUAGAUUUAUGAAAUUUUCUGGAUAACAUUUUAUUACUACUAUUAUUAUCUUUAUAAAUAUUGGAAAUUGCUAUUUAUAUCAUCUUUGGUAAUAUUCUAGAAUUGAAUAUAAGUAAAAAUUUUAUACAAUGUAUAAUAUACAUGUAAUCUGUAGAGAUUGAAUUUACAAAUUGAUUAUUUAAAAGAUUAUUACAAAUUGAUAUUUCUUUUCCAAAACAAUAGUUUAAAUAUUAUAUAUAUAGUUUUUGCAAAGAAUAUAGUGAAUUUGUAUUAAAUCUAAGUAAAAUUACCGAUGAAUGAAUAAAUGAAUUUAUAUUUGCAGCUUUUUAUUGAAUUUGAUCUUGUAGGGCCUUUAUUGCAAUUUGCCAAUGUAUGCCUGGCAUUGGAAACGCUGAAUUGUUUCUUAGAGUCUCGCAUUAAAUCUUAAAGAUUUCUAGGAAUUAUAUUGUUAUUUGUUAUUUACUGAUAUCGAUUUUGAAUGACUAUUAACACCGAUUAUGAAUGAAAUAUUUUGUGUUUAUAAAAUACUUCAAAUCCUUGUCUUUUUAUAGAUUCUAUUAUUUUCUCAGUUGGGAUUUUAG